UCCUUUUCUAACUCACUACAGAUACGGCCAUCUUUUUCAUUAAUCUCGGUGGUUUUACGAGAUCUUUCCAUCGCACCACGAUCAGCCCUUUUUUUUCCAUUUGUAGUCACAUUGUAGGGGCCACAAAAUGAUGUCCAGAGCCUCUUUAUUAUCAGGUAACCAAAUAAGAAACGCUUUGGCUCUAGCCGUAAGAGCAACAGCAACCACUCCAGCUUCAUCAGCUGCAGCUACUGAUUCUGGAGCAUGUAGCACCUCCUCAAGACCUGUAAGGCAAGAACCUGGAAAAGUCCGCCUUGGUUUUGUCCCAGAAGAAUGGUUCACCUUCUUUUAUAAGAAAACUGGUGUAACAGGACCUUACACUCUUGGUAUAACUCUCACCACUUAUUUAAUGAGCAAAGAAAUUUAUGUUAUGGAACAUGAAUAUUACUCAGGAUUAUCUUUGCUUCUAAUGUGUGUUAUGGGCGUUAAAUAUAUGGGACCAGCUGUUGCUAAAUGGCUUGAUAAAGAAAUUGAUGAAUAUGAAGCUGGUUGGAAUCAAGGUAGAAAAGAUCAAAAAGAUGGUUUAGAAGAGAUGAUCCAAGAUGAGGAAAGGUUGCAAUGGAGUUCUGAAGGUCAAAACAUGUUGAUUCAAGCUAAACGCGAAAAUGUAGCUUUACAAUUGGAAGCUGCUUACAGGCAAAGGGUCCAAACCGCUUAUCAAGAAGUUAAGAAGAGGUUAGAUUACCAAGUUGAAAUUCAAAACAUUGAAAAACGCAUCGCCCAAAAGAAUUUGAUCGAUUUCGUCGUUAGCAAAGUGAAGAGUUCCAUUACUCCUGAUCAAGAGAAGCAAAAUAUUGAUAAAUGCAUUUCCGAUUUGGGUGGUUUAGCAAAAGCGUAAAUAAUUUUUAAAUUCAUUUU